AUGCAGAUUCUUUUUGGACAACCUUCCUUGUCUCGUGAAACUGCUUCUGGACUUCGAGAUCUAUUAUACACAACAAGAGAAUGUCUCCUUGCACUGGAAAACAUGGACGUACCAGUCUCUGAAUGGGAUACGGUGUUGAUUUGGUUUCUUUUCCAGAAGUUGCCGAAUAUGAGCCAAAAACUGUGGGAAGAGAAACUAGGAAAUAGGAAAGAUUUACCGAAUUUUAAAGAAUUUACGGACUUUUUGGAGACAAGAUUCCGGACUCUCGAGGUUGCGGACCAGCAGGAACUUGGAGUAGGGUAUCGGACUAAAGAUGAGCCAUCCGUCAACAUAAGGCAUCGUGUACCAGCAGCAAAACCGAAGGUCUUACACGCUAAGCAAGCUGUUAAGCAGCCGUAUCGACAAGCAGCCAAAUCGAACCCUGCAGAGCAGCUGUCAUGCAAGUUGUGCAACGAAGGUAAGCACACGCUCAGAAAAUGCCAACGUUUUUUGAAUAUGGACAUCUUGGGACGAAAAGAUACAGUUCGUAGGCUCCAGGUCUGCGAAAAUUGCCUAUCCUACGGCCAUCUAGUUCAAGCUUGUCUGUCAAUUAGUUCAUGCUAUUUUUGCCAACAAAGGCAUCAUUCUUUGCUGCACUGCAACGCACAACAGAUUAACAAACAACAACAACAGCCUGUAGCCAGUACAUCUGCUCAGGGAUUACAAAACAAUACAAAGGUAUUACAAGUGACAGUGAACCCAAAUGCGCCUGAGUUUCAGCCGAUGGGGGAACAACAGCUCCAGUCAAACGGACAAACGUUUAAUUACCACGCGAUAGAUGGUGAUCGCAAACACGCACAUCAGGUGCUUCUGGCAACAGCGGUUGUUAAGGCACGAGCAGCGGACGGCAGGCUACGCCUUUUACGUGCUCUGAUCGAUACCGGCUCAGAAACGUCGUUUAUCACCGAAGCUGCCGCACAACUGCUGAAAUUGAAAAGGCAACGGAACAUUGCCGAAGUAUCUGGGUUAGGAUUGGUCAGCAGCGGCACUACGCAACACUCCGUCGAAGUACGUUUUGCGUCCCGCCACUCGACGUUUGAGACUGCCGUUCAGGCUUUGGUCUUCAAGUCGCUGACUGGGCAUCUCCCGACCCAACGAGUGAUACCCGGCAAAUGGAACCAUCUAAAGGGUCUUUCGUUAGCAGAUCCCCAUCUCUACGAACCUGCACCCAUUGAUCUUCUAUUAGGGAGUGACGUUUGUGCUCAGAUACUUCUUCCCGAGAUAAGAAGACCAGAAGAUGGAUUGGGACCAAUCGCGCAAAAGACGGAGCUUGGGUGGAUAGUGUUAGGGAAAGUUCCAGCGGAAAUUCCCCGGCAAAUUCGAAGCUUCGUCCAAAUUACGGAUUUGAGCUCACAACUGGAGAAGUUUUGGGAAAUGGAAGAAAUGCCGUUCCAGACACUUGAAACCGAGGAGAACAUCGUUUGUGAUGAAAUCUUCAAGAAAAACACAAGACGUUUACCAGACGGACGUUAUGAGGUAAAAUUGCCAUUUAAAAAUGAAGGUCUCCCAGCAAUGGGAACGAGUAGACAAGUCGCUUUCCGUAGAUUUCUUCAUCUGGAAAGGAGGCUUGAUGCGGAUCCGAAGCUUCGUACGGACUACAAUAAAUGUAUCCGAGAAUAUAAAGAACUCCAACACAUGGAGGAAAUAGAUGCAAAUGAUGCAGUUUUACAAACUCCAUUUCAUUAUUUCUUGCCACAUCAUGCCGUUUUUAAGGAAGCAAGCUCCACAACGAAGCUGAGAGUAGUAUUUGACGCAGCUGCGAAGGCUUCGGACGGGAAAUCCCUCAACGACCGUUUACUUGUGGGUCCAAAAUUGCAGUCGAGUAUCAUAGAUCUCGUGCUAAAAUGGAGGACUCACCGAGUCACCUUUACGGCCGACAUCGAGAAGAUGUAUCGGCAAAUUUUGGUUAGUUUCCCGGACCGAUACUAUCAGCUUAUCAUGUGGAGAGAGCAAAAGACUGCUCCUAUACAAUUUUACAAAAUGAACACUGUUACUUUUGGCACAGCAAGUGCACCAUACCUUGCUAUCAAGGUCCUAACCAAAGUAGCUGAAGACGAAGAAGAAAAUUUUCCGGUGGGGGCGAAUGUUGUCCGUAAGGACAUGUAUGUCGAUGACUUAAUCAGCGGUGCUGAUUCACUCGAAGAAGCACGGAAGAAGCGUGAUGAAGCGAGGCAACUGUUGGCGUCUGCGGGCUUCAAUUUACGAAAAUGGACAAGCAACGUAAAGGAACUCAUCGAGGAUAUCCCAGUUCAAGAUCGUGAGCUUGAUUUUGAACUUCCGUUCAAUUCGGCCGACCACGUUAAGACGCUCGGGAUUAAGUGGUAUCCCAAAGAUGAUUGCUUUUCGUACCAGAACUUACAGCCGCCAACAGAAGCAACAACAAAAAGGUCAAUGUUAUCGACGAUAGCCAAACUCUUCGACCCAAUGGGAUGGAUUUCCCCAUGCAUCAUCACGGCCAAGCUAAUGAUGCAGCGACUAUGGGAUCUUGGAUAUGAUUGGGAUGAACAGAUUUCAACAACUUUGAUGAAGGAUUGGGACACUUUUCUUAGAGAACUUCCUUUGAUCGAACGGCUUCGCAUCCCACGGUGGACCAAGUUGAGCAAGACCAACAAGGCAAUCGAGCUUCACGGAUUUUGUGACGCUUCAACGAAAGCUUACGGUGCAGCAAUCUAUCUCCGCGUUCUUGAUGUUGAUGGCAAUAUCCAUGUCAAUCUUUUGUUAUCCAAGACAAAGGUGGCACCAAGCCAACGAACGGUAACACUGCCUCGUCUAGAACUGUGUGGUGCUGUAGUUUUGGCUCAGCUGUUACAGUACACAAAGCAAGUCUUAGAAAUUCAAGAUGUCAAGAUGUAUGCGUGGACAGAUUCUGCGAUCGCAUUAGCCUGGAUACGCGCCACUCCCGCCAAAUGGACCACAUUCGUCUCUAACCGCGUUUCGGAAAUCCAGCGGUUAGUGGGGAUCGAUUGCUGGGGACAUGUCGCAACGCUUCAUAACCCAGCCGAUCUAGCGUCCAGGGGUGUAUUUCCGUCAGAAUUGAAAUCACUGGAAACUUGGUGGUUUGGACCAGAAUUUCUUAGGAACCAAUGGGAGUUCGAUGCUCCGCAUCAACCCAUCGAAAGUGAUACAACUGAAGAAAAGCGGACGGUGAAGAUACUCAACAUUCAUGUGUCAAAUAGCAACAGUAUCCUGCAAACUAUAUACAACUGUUCGAGCCUACUCAAGGUUGUACGGGUCAUUGCACACUGUUCUCGAUUUACAAAAAGGUGUCGACCGAAAUUGGGGCUUAUAGAAGGUCCGUUUAGCUCCAAGGAACUCGAGGCAGCACAUAUCAUCGUCGUCAAGGCAGCACAACAUGAGAUGUUCCAAACAUAG